CGCGACGAACACAUCAGUCGAUCAGACUAGCUUGUGCUUGCCUUCUCUUCUUGUCUCGCACAUAAAUCCCAUGACCAUGUCGUCGUUCGUUCCCUCUGCGCAGCGCACCGUGGCCGCUGUGGUCACGGCCUCGGCGCUGGGGUCGGUCGCGUACGCGUGGGUGGCCAAGGGCAGUGGGUCGAGGUCUCUGUCUACGACUAGCGCAUUCGGCAAGAGCACGGUUACCUGCUCUGCGGGCAAUGCUACCAGCGGCGACGCGGCUAGCCUCAAGCCCCUCGUCAUUUGCGGCCCAUCCGGUGUGGGGAAGGGCACGCUGAUCAACAUGCUGCGCGAAGACUUCCCCGGUCGAUUCGGUUUCUCCGUGAGCCACACCACGAGGAAGCCGAGGCCCGGAGAGGUGGACGGCACGCACUACUACUUCAGUGAUAAGCAAGAAAUGCAAGCGGAGAUCGACGACAACAAGUUCAUCGAGCACGCAAACGUGCACGCGAACUUGUACGGGACGAGCAUCGCGGCGGUCCAGACCGUCACCGCCGCAGGAAAGAUCUGCAUCCUCGACAUCGACGUCCAGGGCGUCAAGUCCGUCCGUGGCGCGGGCCGCGGCGUGUUGGACCCGCACUACCUCUUCAUCUCGGCGCCGUCGAUGGAGGUGUUGGAGGCCAGGCUUAGGGGCAGAGGGACGGAGACGGAAGAGGCUCUGCGGCGACGAUUGGCCAACGCAAAGGCGGAGAUGGAGUAUGGGCUGGGGGCCGACAACUUCGAGAAGGUGUUGGUCAACGAUGGUCUCGAGGAGGCGUACGCGGAGUUGAAGGAAACAGCCAAGGCGUGGUACCCCCAGCUCGCGUUGGACGAGAAAAUCAAGGCCGGAAACCCGACCGAGGCGUGAACGACGAAGGAUACCAUCGGUGAAAAAAAGCGCCCGUUAAAUUGCAGUAAUUCGAAGUGCCUAAGAGCAAGAGGAUAAUGUGGCCCUUUGCGUACCGAGGGCGUGCGCGGGGGGGGGGGGGCGGGGGGAAGCGGCUCCACCCCGGACCUGGCGUGUAAAAGGUAUUGGCGUGCACGGAGGGAGUAUUGUGCGUCUUCUACCUCGAAACUAUUUUGUGACCGCUCUUGGGGAAUAUUUUUGGCAAUGAAACUUGUGCACGAAAGAACGAUUCCUAAGAUACACUUUCCUAUCUGAGGGGGGGAGGGGGACUUAUGUUGGCACCAUCGUUCCUAUCUUGUCUCGGUGCCCCCCCGCGGAAAGAUGUAUUCAGCGGUAGCCGGUAGGGAGGUUAGGCGUGUUUGUAGAACCAAGACGUGUGGCACAUAUAUGAAAAGGCAUGCAGGUUUUGCACUGCUUUGUCUCUUGUUUUUGCUACGGGUAUGGUACAGUGGCGAGCUCGGUACGGGGCCCUCCUUGUUUUUUUGUCUGCUUGCUUACGAGAGGCCUCGGGCAUUGCGUCGACAUCGAUACCAUCGGCGAUUUCUGUUGUUAUUGCCCGCCGCGGCUCCGAUUGGAAGGAUUCGUUUCCCCUCUCGGGGGGUGUCUCGCGCUUGCUCGUCGUUGAGACGCGCGCGCGUGUGUUUGUUGUUUGCUGUUUUGUUCGGUUCCCUGUGCCCUUAUCCAAAAGGUCAACGAUGACCUGACCAUAGCGGUAGCGUAGAACCUACGACGCGUGUCUUGCAAGGAAAGUGUCUCCAACCGGCGGCUAUUAGUCCGCACAGGUAUACGUAGGUUGUGUAUCGUGUCCCGUUGGUGGUGGACGUUCGGUGCGCUGGUUGGUGUAUACGGAUAUCUGUAUGACGUAUUUGGUGUUAAGCCUGCUGUGUGUGUGUUGUUCAGCCCAUCGUUGUUGUCGAAUUGUUUCCCUUUUUUUCUUUCUUUACUACACGCUAACUAAAGGAACAGAAAUUAAUAAAUCUGGUGGUGCAUUGCCCGGUCGGAAGAGGGGCUGGUCUCCUUUGAUGUGGUGACAGCCGCGACAAUCUCGUUUUUGGUAUUUGUUGUUGCCUGCCAAGAGCUGGGGGUUUUCUCGGCGUCUGGUUGCGCUAAGCGUAACUAAGCUAAGCUACCGUACAGCGUGUGAUGUUCGAAGCGUAGGUGCACGGACAGAUGCGCGCAACGAAUCGUGCGUGUGUAUGCCAUGAUAAUUGGGUGCAAACAACCUGGGCGUUGUCAUGUCGAGACUGGCAUUUUGUUUGUUUUUUUGGUGCCUUUGAAACUUCUGGUUUUGUUAUCUUGUCCCUGCUGGUGCUAUCGGCCCAAAAGACUUUUUUCGACAGAAAUCCCGGCGGUAUCGUGGAUAGUUACUGGUAUGUUUUUGUUCUCAAAUGAGUCAAAUUCCGAUCCUGGGGUUAGAAAUCGCACUGACUGCUAUGUACGCGUGCAUCGCUCCCUCUCUCGUCAUGCGAACCUCCCGCCUCCGACCUUACGGUCCCUGGUCGGGUUGAUAACUCGAUAAGAAACGACGACACCAUCCACUUUCAACCCCUGGGGUCUGGCACAGCCGAAGCACACCCCGCAGAAUGGAGAAGCCACGACAGAGACUCACCAGCCUUCGCGGAACAAUUGAGUCCACCAAUGACCUGCAUAAUACUAUCUAGGACUUGUUCAUGGACAUGACCAAAUGUCGUAUUUUUUCUACAUUCAGCGCCCCCGCCCGUCUCCGACGAAAUACGUUUCUUCGCGUACCCCCCCCCUCUUCUCCCACCAAACCCGCCCAGCGACAAGAGCAACCAGCAUCAGUCAGCCGCUCACAGUGCGAUAUUAUGCAGCUUGCUGGCGGACCGAACUCACGGUGUGUCCUUGCGCGCUCAACCAUCGACAACCUACUUAUGUGUUCCAUCGGCCAAAGAGAAAAUCAUCGAGAAAAUUAACGGACACCCAGAGUCAAACACGAAGAGCGAUCGAUCAUAUAAUGAAGACACAAACAACGUGCCCUACACCAGCAGAGCAGUAUAAAACCAAACGUGAUACUUGAAAAUCACGAGAUUACCCUGCCUUGUCGUACACUCAACUUUCACGCACACAGACGGGCGUCACGUGUACUGUACACGUAAGUGCAUGACAUUAUUAAACGAAACGCCGCAACAUCUUGCCCGGACACACAACAAGGGCGCGUGCCUUAGGCCCCAUGUGACAUAAAACGAGGUACGCGCACACCCUCUCCUCACGUUACCUACAUGAUGGUGCUGCUGGCCGUGUUUAACCGGCGCAUCUUCGUUGUGCACUUGCACCACAGCUGCAUCCGCAAACCACAACACUCAUCACCCACGGAAACCUGUCGAAAACCCAGGUUCAUUGCCCCGCCAGCGGCGAGCAACAGAGCAGCCUUACAACAACACGGCCUGCUCCGUCGCGCCCCCUUCAUGUGCCCCAAAAACAACUACGGUUGACCCACAUGAAUGCAUAGACUAGGCGUUUGGAAUCUCCUUCCCGAACAUUCUGGGCACAAGACGGCCUACAUCUUGCGGCAAACCAACCCGUCAAUCCAUGUGAUGCUCCAUCACUAUUUACACAUCCGAAAACUCCGUCGAUUCGUGCUUUUAAUCUCAGUCGGUCACCGUGAUGCCCGACCUAAUCUACAUGCAGUACCAAAGCCAUGGACAUACAAGAAAAAUGAUGCCAUAACAAUGCGACAUCAAUGCGAUAUCAACGCGAUAUCAACAAUGCACUCCGCGUCGAUACGCACUAUCUUGACUACUUUGUUCACGUGUCGCCCGCACCUGUUUGCUACCCAUGCAUGUCCGAAGGACUGCGUUCAUGCACGCGUAUUCGCGUGACGGCCUGUCGCCGCCUCCUCCUCCUUACCCC